GGAAAUUACAAACAUGCUAAAAGAUGUCAUAAUGUAGGACAAUUCUUCAAGAAUUUGGAAUACAUUUGCCUAAUUAUUACAAUACUUUUCUUGCAUGUCAUCCUUUAUGAUUUUACCAUACCCACAUCAACCACACAAUCCCAUGAUAUCAAUGGUGACGUCUUCCAAAUCUACAGGGAUUGAGACUCGGCAAGAAUUAUCAAUGAACUUAACAGCCCUUCAAAAUUUUGAACAUGUCUCUGCGAAACUCACUAUUCAACUUUUCGGCAUGAAUUCAUGAGCAUAAUUGAAACAGUUUGCUGAAUAUGGCGGGGAAGAGGAUUUUAGAUUUGGCCGCUCUCUUCAAUGCUUCCCGUGGAGUUGCACAGAAGCACGUUGCGCUAAAGACAAGGCAGAUCGAUGUAUACAACAGAACUUCGACUCUAGCAAGAGCAGUACGCAAUCAAACGGACAGAGUCACGGAGACUGCCAAAGCAGCAUCUUUCCUCGCAUCGAGAUUGAAUGAUAAUGUCCCAGAAUGGACCAAGGAGGCAACAGAUUAUACAACCGGCUCUCAAUCGAAUGACGGUGGACCUAUACCCAGCAGAAAAUCUACGAAGGAACAAGAGCAUGUCCCAGAGAAGAAGGACGGGUUAGAGCAGGAUCAUUUCUACGAAAAGUCCGAAUCGAACUCGUCUGUCAAUCCGAAUCCGAAAGGGGAUUUGCAUAUCCAGCAGAAAAAGGCCAAAAAAUAUCCUCUUCCAGAUGGAACAAUCCCUCCCCAAAAUUCAGAUAUUGAUAUUGCCGAAUUGAAUGCAGAUACAACUCCUACCAGGUCGAAAGCUGGGCCCAAGCUCGAUCCGAUCAAUAGUGAGGGAUUACAUCCUGCGGCUUCGAAUGUUUCGACAAUCCCUAUUCCAAAGACAAAACCUUUAUCUGCGGACAACGCAAGACGUAUUCAACGAGAACACGAGCGCCAAAUACCAUCAGUAACUGCAGAUGCAAUUGGGCAAUCCAAUAAUCCAUUAGAAGAGGGCCAUGAUGAGGACUCUUUCUAUGAUAGAUCAAGACACACAUCACCUACCCUAUCUUCUUUGCCCAGGGCCAAAAUACCGAGACAUACAUCCGAUAUUCAGGAAAAUGAUCAACAUUUGAAGGAUGAUGCUAUCAACUCUGAUACUUUCUCAGAAACUGUUGAUAAGUCUAAACAAUUGCCCGAUGCUGAAUCAGUUCCCGAGCAAGAGCAGCUGCCCGAGGGCAUCAACACAGACCUGUUCCAUAGCCCAAGGGUUGCUAGGUUAUUGGGAGGUAAAACGCAAGGAUCAGGCAAAGGCACCUUGGGCUCAAAGGGAGUUAAAGAUACGCCUGUAGACCAAACCCAACUCGCAAGAGAUAAGGAUAAGGAUACCUUCAAUGUUCGUUCCUCUGUUCAAGUAGAACCGACUACCCACGACAGUUCACUCAAACCCAUUCUCGAUACUCCUCGUCAAGACGAUGAAGGUAUCGAGAAGCUAGUGGCAGAUAUUAGCAAAGAAAGUAGUAAUGAUACUUAAUUUAGAUGCAGCCAGAGGAAAGCUCACAGCCUGCUCCAUAUAAGCUGCGAGAAUCAAGUGUUCCUUCUUCGCGACUUGGGAGGUUGUGGAACUAUAGUGGUCUCGCUGCUGGCAUGGUAGGAGGGGCAAUCAGCGAAAGUCUUCGUCGAGUCGGCGGCGGUGGCGGUGAGGGUUCUUUCAUGUUAAGCGCAAGUAACAUGGACAGGCUUGUGACCAAAUUGUCUCGAAUGAGAGGUGCAGCUUUGAAACUGGGUCAGAUGAUCAGUUUUCAAGAUUCCAAAAUGCUUCCGGCGCCAAUUCAAGAAGUAAUGCAACGAGUACAAGAUCGAGCUGACUACAUGCCUGCUUCACAAAGAAACAAAGUGUUGGUGGCAAAUCUUGGACCUGAAUGGAGAGACUUAUUUGGCGAGUUUGAAGAAGUUCCGUUGGCGGCUGCAUCCAUCGGUCAGGUCCAUCGUGCAACACUCAAGUCAACGGGUGCAAAAGUUGCUGUAAAGAUUCAGUAUCCUGGAGUCUCGGAUUCCAUAGAUUCUGAUCUCAAUAACCUCGCAAUCCUACUGACAGCAUCUCGUCUUUUACCAAAGGGUUUAUUCCUCGAUAAAACGAUAGCAAAUGCCCGAACAGAGCUGGGAUGGGAAUGUGAUUACAUUCGAGAAGCAGAAUGCGGGCUACGUUUCCAGGAACUUCUAGCGGACGAAGAAGAUGUUUUCGUCGUACCAAAAGUAUUUUCCAAAGCAUCAGGCAAGCAAGUUCUUACUAUGGAAUAUAUGGAAGGAGUCGGUGUCACUCGCGUCCAAAGUUUCACGCAAGAGCAACGGGACUGGAUUGGAACCCAGAUCCUACGUCUCUGUCUUCGCGAGAUCACUGAGUUCAAAUAUAUGCAGACUGAUCCUAAUUGGACAAACUUCCUCUACAACGCACAAACCAACAAACUGGAACUUCUCGAUUUCGGUGCCUCUCGCGAGUAUCCUGAAGAGUUCAUUACUAAAUACACACAGCUCUUAGAUGCAGCCUCAAGAGCCGAGAGAGAUACAGUCCGCGCUCUGUCCAUUGAUCUCGGGUAUCUCACAGGCCAAGAAUCUAGAGCAAUGUUAGACGCGCACAUACAAUCUAUCCUCACUCUCGCAGAACCAUUUUUAGAAUCUUCUCCCGAGAUUUAUGAUUUCAGAGACCAGACUAUUACGGAGAGGGUAAAGGCUCUCAUUCCGAUCAUGAUUAGAGAGCGACUAGCGCCACCGCCAGAAGAAACUUAUAGUUUACAUCGGAAAUUGAGUGGUGCGUUCUUACUGUGUGCGAGAUUGGGUAGUAGGGUUAGGUGUAGAGAGUUAUUCACAAACAGUAUGGAGAAGACGAAGUUUCUGUAAUGAAUGUGAAGGGGGGUAGAUGUUAAUAAUCUAUGUUUGUACAAUUGCAGUUACUGUCAAAGAUGGAGAUGAAAAUCCUAGAAGAAAAGUGCGAAUAUAGUAUAGCAUAAAGGGGACGUGUAAGAACUGCUCGUAAUAGUUAUAAUA